AUGACUUGUAGCAUGACAUGUCUGAUGAGGAGGUCGCAGCUCUGCUCGCUUGCCUUUCCGGGGAUAACCCUGAGAUGUGGCAUCGUGUUCCCGGGGAGCGCCUGCGGGGAGUGCGAGCAGAAUCUUUACCAGAGCGCAUGGGAUCAGAGCCUGGGGGAGGCAUUGGCCGGUUCCGUGCAGAUCGGAAAGUGGGGAUGGGGUAAGCAGUCCCUAGAUGGCCUCGUCGCUGCCCCGGACAAGCAUCGGGAGCAGGUCUUCGUGUCCACGUGUUCGCAGCCCGUCCGAGUCAGCGUGCAGAGGGCGCAGCCCCUGGCCAAGCUCUCCAAGUGUUGGCUCUGCAACAGGAAGCUGCACGAUUCCAAAUCGGUCCUCGGGAGCACUUGCCGGCAGCACAUCCUGAGGAUGCUGAGGGCGCUGGAGUUGAAGAAGGAGACUUUCGACGACCUCCGGGCGCUCAUGCACACCGAUCCAGCUGAGUUCAAGAAGGUGUUCGCCGACAAGGGGUACGAUGCGACCUUGAAGGAAUUGAAGGCAGAGGUGCGGGACGCCCUGAGGGAAGGGACCGGGGAGAACGAAUAUGAGGAGCCUGCUCUGCAAACGGACAUGGGCGACGACGACGACUUCAUCGACGACGCAGACCUCUCAGGAGAGGACGCUGUAGACUCAGAGGCCCGUGAGGAGGACGAUUCGGACGAUUCUGACGACGAAGUGUCAGUGAGGAACUGCCCUUGCUCGUGCCAAAGCCCCCUUUGCAGCACUUUGGAUGCAGAUCUAGCGUAUGUCGCCGUGAUUCUUCAUCUUUUCUCAUGGCGAAGCUUGUGCUGGAUGCAGGAGGACGAUGAAGGGGAUGACGGAAAGUUCAGAGUGCAUUACACGGGCAGCCUUCCUCCCCGUGAGAAGAGGGCCAGAAACGGCGGGCGAAGACUGAGCUAUGUAGAGGUAGAUUCUGCUAGUGAUAACGAACUCGUCAGCGAAGAAGAUAAGUAG